GCGCCGCCUUCCUGUGCGCGCGGCGGAGCUGGAGCGCGAGCGGCGGAAGCUCCUUGCGGGGGGGGUUCCCCAAACCCAAAUCCCAUUCCCAACCAGCCCUGGAUCAUCCUUUGGGACUUGGGGGGUGAAUGUGGGAUCCGGCCCCCCCCAAACUAAACGGGGGGAUCCCGAUGGAGGGAGAGGGGAGGGGAAGACGCAUCCCAAUGAGGGAGAAGCUGCAGAUCCUAGAGGACCUCAAUAUGCUCUAUAUCCGGCAAAUGGCCAUGAGCCUCCAGGACGCAGAGUCCCGGCGGCGGCUGGAGCGGGAGCUGCGGCUCCGGGACGGGGCCCGGCGGCUGCUGAGCGCCUGCAGCCGCCCCGAGCAGGCUCUGGGAGCGGCCAAGAGCCUCCUGCUGAGCUCCAGCCGUGUCCUGGCCCUCAGCGCUGAGCUCCAGCGCAGGAAACAGGCGCAGCUGAGGCCCCCCCCCUCAGGCACCAGCCCCACGGAUGAGCGCGUCCCCUGCCGCGGCACCGUCUGCCUCUCGGACCUGCGCAUCCCACUGAUGUGGAAGGACACGGAAUACUUCGGGAACAAGGGCGAGCUCCAUCGCUGCGCCGUGUUCUGCCUCCUGCAGCUGGGGGCUGACAUCCAGGACACCCCCAUGGUGCUGGUGGAUCGAACCCUGACCGACAUCUGCUUCGAGGGAGCCGUCCUCUUCCCCGAUGUGGGCCCUGACUUCGAGCUGCGCCUGGAGCUCUAUGGGGCAGCACUUGGGGGGUGCCCCCCCCGCAGCCUGGCCUCCCUGCUCAGCACCUCCCUGGGCCGCUCUGCUGGGCGCCGCCUGCGCAGCCACAUGGAGGGGGGGGAUGGGGACGGGAGCCCCCCCCUGCUGCCCCAUGGAGCCCCGGGUCCCCGGUUCCAGCUCCUGGCACACACGGUUCUGUCCCUGCCUGAGGUGCAGGAUGGAUUCCGGACCCAUGACCUCAGCAUUGACUCCAAUGAGGACGGUCCGGGGCUGGUCCCUCUCUAUGGCAGCGUCUGCUGCCGCCUCACGGCACAGCCCUGGUGCAUGGCCCAGCCCCGGAGCAGCGGAGACCUGAGGGUGGAGGGGACGCAGCUGAGCUGCUACCGGCAGCAGCGGCAGGCGGAGAGCGGAGCCCCCGAGCUCUGCAUCAGCGUCAAUAAGGACACCCGUGUUCGGGCGCUGGAGCCGGACGCACCAGGACCCCCCCUUGCCUUGACCGUCACCAAUGGGGUCGGGGCCGAUGCUGUGACCUACACGUUGGUGGCCGAGAGCUCGAACGAGGCCCAGAGAUGGAUGGAGACCUUCAGCCAACACUUCUGUGACCUCAGCCGCUGGCAGCAGUGCUGUGAGGAGCUGAUGCCCAUUGAGGUGCCACAGCCGCGCCGGGCGCCUGCGGUGCUGCCGCGCCAGGGGUCCCUGUACCAUGAGCUGGCCCUGGAGCCGUCGGAGGAGGUGAUGCUGGAGCCCAGGACCCCCCCGUGGCUCUCGCUCUUCGAGGGACCCCCCCCGAGCCCCUCCCCCCCCCGGGGGGCGGGGGGGGGAGGGGAGAAACUGGAAUGA